GAUGUAAUAUUAUGGUAUGUAACUAUUGUUUGUAUUUCACUCUCUAUGAUCUCACUCGUACUUGUUAUUAUAACUUAUCUUGUAUUUAGCGAAAUAAGAACACAACCAGGAAUAAACAAUCUGACCCUUUCCUGCAACCUGUUCCUUGCACAACUCGUAUUAAUGGUUGGUUUUGAUAAAACUAACCAAGUAACAUUAUGUAAGGUUUUAGGCAUGACUACUCAUUUCCUAUGGCUUAGUAUGCUAUUUUGGAUGAAUAUCUGUUCUUAUCACAUGCUC